AUGAGAACCGUGGGUAAAUUACGGGAACGUUUGCAAGAGUUACGGGCCCAACGAGAGACUGAGCAGCACAAGCACUCGGUCGCUCUCACUGAACUCCGCGUCAAGCUCCAUGAGGAGAAGCAGCGAGAGGUGGUGGCCACACGAGAGAGCCUGUCUCGGCAACACGAGACCGAGCUGGCCCGGGCGGCACGUCUCCGCGAGACAGAACUGGCCCGGCUUCAGGCGCUGGUGUGUAUUUUACGGGACGGAGCCAGCAGCGAGCUACGUAGUGCCCUGAAGGAGGAGGCACGAGAGGAGGCCCGCAGAAGCUACGAGGCAGAGAAGCUCAGACUCACGCAGGAGCUGCAGGAGGCGAAGGUGUCACGGCGGCAGGCAGAGGAGGCGCUCUCCAAUGCUGUGCAGGCCGACAGAGCCAAAGCUGCCGAUCUCAGAGUGGCCCAUCAAGCUCAUCAGGAGGAGAUCCAGAGAAUCAAACGCGAGAGCGAGAGGGAAAUCCGGAGACUGAUGGACGAGUUGAAGAGCAGAGACCGUGUGGUGCAGUCACUGGAAAAAGAGCUGGGAGUGCAGGCGGGACAGACACAGCGUCUACUGCUGCAGAAGGAGGAAUCAGAGCGGCAUUAUGGGAGUCCGAAGAGAGAGGUGGCGCCGUCUCUCGGGGAAAACUCAGAUUCUGUCAAUAACCAGGACAUGGAUGAGAGGGAUGUAAGGAGAUUUCAGCUGAAGAUUGCUGAGCUGCAUGCAGUCAUCAGGAAACUAGAGGAUAGGAACACCCUGCUUUCAGAUGAGAGAAACGAACUGCUGAAACGAGUGCGAGAAACAGAUGCAGAGAUAAAGCCUCUCAUUGAAAGGAAUAAAAGGCUGGAUAAAAAGAAUGAAGAGCUGCAGCAGACUCUACAGCGCAUGGAGGACAAACUGAAGACACUCAGCAGAGAGAAUGCAGAGCAGAAAGAGAAAUCCCAGCAGAACUUGCAGCCGGGUGGGCUGAAGAGACACACCUCUCUAACGGACCUGAGUCACGCCCACGAGCAACAGGAAGUCGAGUAUCUGCGCUUGCAAAUCAGCGAGCAGCGUGGUGUUAUUGAUGAGCUCACGCAGGAACGGGACAGGCUGAUAAUCAACAAAAAGAACAGGCGAAAAAACAUCAAGUUGCCCAGGAGGCAUGUUGUGGAGACAUAUUUUGGAUUUGAUGAAGAAUCUGUCGAUUCUGAAACGUCAUCUCUGACAUCAUAUAACACCGACCGCACAGAUCACACCCCUGCCACCCCUGAAGAGGAUCUUGAAGAUGGCUUUUCCCGAGAGGAGGCAGAGUUUCGAUUUCGGCAGCUGACGCGAGAGUACCAGGCACUGCAGCGAGCUUACGCACUGCUGCAGGAGACUAAGGGGCCUCUGGACCCUGAGAGACACUGCAGGACACGGGAGCAGCUGCAGACGGAGCUGAUUGGCUGUCAGGCACGGAUUGCCGACCUGGAACGGAGCUUGGCAGAGAAGGGGCAGGACUCAAAAUGGGUGGAGGAAAAGCAAAAUCUUCUCAGGGUGAACCAGGAACUCAGAGAAAAGAUAGUAUCGCUGGAGCAUUGUGAAAUGCGAUUACGCUCGGAAGUUCAAGACACCGUGGAUCAGAAUGAGCUGCUUGAAUUCCGCAUUCUAGAACUGGAAGAGAGGGAACGCCGUUCUCCUGCCUUUAACCUGCAAAUCUCUGCCUCUGAAAACAACAGUAUCCUACAGCUACACUGCCAGCAAGAGGGUGUCAAGGAUGUCAUCAUUCCUGACCUCAUGAAAAAGCUUGACAUUCUUGGGGAUAAUGGGAACUUGCGAAACGAGGAGCAAGUGACAGUCAUUCAAGCAGGCACUGUGCUGUCUUUAUGUGAAAAGUGGCUGAAGCAGAUCGACAGCACUGAGGCAGCCCUGACACAGAAAAUGAUUGAUCUGGAGAAUGAAAAGGAGCUGUUCAGUAAACAGAAAGGUUUCCUGGAAGAGGAACUAGACUACAGGAAGCAAGCUCUCGAUCAGUCCCAACUGAGGGUGCAGGAGCUGGAGGCCACAUUAUACGCUGCCCUGCAGCAGGAUCCAGACAGCUGUGUGGGGGAGAGUUUGAGUGACAGGCAGCGAGCGAAGCUGGCCGAGUCAAUGGAUGCAGUGCGGAGACAGAUCCUGCGGCAGAGUCGCCAUGCCGACACGCUCGUCCUACAACAGCGCAUGGAGCUCCUCCAGUCUGCGCAGCAGAGGAUCAGAGAACUUGAAGAUAAGAUUGACAUGCAGAGAAGACAAAUCAAAGAGAUUGAAGAGAAGCUUUUAUUCUCUGGCCUUAAACCCCCCCCCCACACACACAUCAUAUUCUCUCUAUAUAUCUCUUUCUGUCACUCACUGUCUUUCUCAAACACACACAGGUGCAGUAUCUAGACGAAAGAUACAAACUCAUCUUGCCACUAGAAACGUUGGUGACACAAUCAUUCCUCGGUUUGUUGUACAAAAC